CUAAUCUUUCUAUCCACUACAACUCUGCAACUCUCCUACAACUUUCGAUACCCCACUAAUAAACCCCGAAGAACCAAAGUCCCAACAUUCUACGCAAACGCUGAUCGAUCCGAUACCUUUUCAAUUGAAUCGCGACGAAUAAAUUAACCAAGAGAAUAGUGGCAUAAGUUCUGGAAGUUAGAUGACACCAGUCAUCCCCUUGGUCUCUAGUCUUGAGAGAUCAUGCGUAAGCCGAACUGAACCGACUCUUCAACGGCGCGUCGUAAUAAACUACGACGGAUUUCCACGAUACGAACAUACCUACCUUAUUCCGCCUACCCCAUGAUAUAGUUACGGUAUCGUCUACUGUAUCAUGGCGGAUCUAGACGCCUCGGCGCCCAAUUUGGGCUUGGGGAGCGAUAUCCGAAACGAAGUAAAAAAGCCCAAGAAGAAAAAGGUCUUGCUGAUGGGCAAGAGUGGUUCUGGAAAAUCGAGUAUGAGGAGUAUUAUAUUUAGCAACUAUAUCGCCAAGGAUACUCGACGCCUUGGUGCCACCAUUGAUGUCGAUCUUUCACACGUCAAAUUUCUAGGCAACUUGACCUUGAAUCUAUGGGAUUGUGGUGGCCAAGAAGCCUUCAUGGAGAAUUAUCUCUCCCAGCAACGAGUUCACGUCUUCUCUAACGUCGGUGUCCUGAUAUACGUCUUUGACAUAGAAUCUCGAGAUGUUGAUCGGGAUAUGGCUACCUAUGUUUCUAUCAUUUCCGCCUUGACACAGUAUUCUCCUACCGCCAAGGUCUAUGUUCUCAUUCACAAGAUGGAUUUGAUUACCCCACACGCCCGCGAGGCUGUCUUCGUUGAUCGUGUAAGACUAGUUCGACAAAAGACCUCGGAAUACAUUCAAGGUGCUGGUUAUACGGGCGAAUUAGACCUUAUACCCUUUGCGACCUCAAUAUGGGAUCAAUCGUUAUAUAAGGCAUGGGCGAGCAUUAUACAUGACCUUGUACCGAACCUUUCCGUCAUCGAGUCGCAAUUAGGGUCUCUAGGGAUAUUGAUCGAAGCCGAGGAGCUACUCCUGUUUGAACGAACUAGUUUCCUAGUCGUGUCGAAUUGGACGUCUGAAGAGGGUCAGAAUAAUCCGACUGGGGACCGACAAGAGCGCAUUUCGAAUAUCCUCAAACAUUUCAAGCAAAGUAUCAGUCGAUUCACUGGCACUCCUCGUAAUGCGGAGCAGUUCACCUUGAUGGAACACAAGGCUGGUUCCAGAUUCUCCAUGUUUGCUUGCAAAUUUACGACCAACACAUAUCUCAUGGCAAUUCUUCCGCCAGGGGAGGCGAGAUUCAAUUCGGCAAAACUGAAUUGCCAAAUUGCCAGAGAGAGCUUCAAGUUCUUAGACGGACCAGCCGCCGUCACAGGCGCAGGACAGUACAACUAGUUCGCGAUCAAAAUUUUUGCUUUUUUUCCCGCGUUAGAUCGAUAUCGGAUACCCAUUUAUUGAACCCGGAGUCUUCGGUAUUCAUUCCAGUGCAUCGCGAUACCAAAUGGGAAAUUUGAUUUCCCUUGAUGGCCUUACUAUAUGCUAGGAUUCUCCGGUGACGAUUUUUCUAGUCGCUCGAUUCACUAGAGCCCUUUAAAAGUGCAGUUCAGGCUGGCUGAGGUCCUGAUUGAUAGCUGGGUUAUUUUUACGGAAUGCGAAUUGCCGAUAUUCAUAUUUCAAUGUUACAACCUCAUGAGCUUCAGAUCCUUCGAGACUAUACUCGAAUUUGGAGCGUGGUGCUUCAAUAUGGCGUCACUAUGGUUUUAAGGCGCCAUGGCCAACGCAUCAGUGAUGAUGGCGGGGAUAUUUAAAUGAUAUUAAGCUAGAACACGUUUAUAUACUGUGUAGCUUCAUUGGCUUUAUUUACGUCAAAAUGAAGAAUGAUGAUUCCUGGGCGUGGCGUUCUGGUGGUCCCUGAAGAUCGGACUACCUCCUAAAUUAGGAAGGUUGGUUGUGAUGAGCAGUCAACCAAUUACAAGCGUUUAUCGUGUGGUAUGCCAUGCAUGAUUUUGAUGAAAGCGUACUUGAUAUCCAUGGUUAUAGUUGAAUACAUCUUAUCUGAAUAACAUGAUGGUUUUAUUUAUAAAGAUUUCGUGUCUUUUAUUAAUAAAUAUCAUAACUCGGC